AGCCUCAAGAUGAACGGCACAGAGGGAGAGAACUUUUACAUCCCCAUGUCUAACAAGACUGGGUUGGUCAGGAGUCCUUAUGAGUACCCCCAGUACUACCUAGCAAAUGUGUGGAUCUAUAGGUUGCAGGCACUGUACAUGUUUUUCCUGAUCUGUGCAGGUCUGCCCAUCAACGUCCUGACGCUGGCCGUCACAGCCAUGCACAAGAAACUGAGGCAACCACUCAACUUCAUCCUGGUCAACUUGGCUGUGGCUGGAACCAUCAUGUGCUUAUUUGGAUUUACUGUCACUUUCGUCACAGCUCUUUGUGGCUACUUCAUCUUUGGACCAUUGGGCUGUGCCAUCGAGGGCUUCUCUGCUACUCUGGGAGGUCAGGUUGCUCUGUGGUCUCUAGUCGUGCUGGCUGUGGAGAGGUACAUGGUGGUCUGCAAGCCCAUGGGCAACAUCAAGUUUGGCACUCCUGCGGCCACAGUUGGAGUGCUUUUCACAUGGGUCAUGGCUUUCAGCUGUGCAGCUCCCCCACUGUUUGGCUGGUCCAGAUACAUGCCAGAGGGACUGCAGACCUCCUGUGGACCUGACUACUACACCCUGAACCCUGUGUAUGACAAUGAGAACUAUGUCAUCUACAUGUUCACCUUCCACUUCUGUGUCCCAGUCUGCACCAUUUUCUUCACCUAUGGAUGCCUUGUCCUCACUGUGAAAGCGGCCGCAGCUCAGCAGCAGGACUCAGCCUCCACCCAGAAGGCCGAGAAGGAGGUGACACGCAUGUGCGUCCUGAUGGUGCUGGGCUUCAUCGUUGCAUGGACCCCCUAUGCUUCUAUGGCUGCCUGGAUUUUCUUCAAUAGAGGAGCUGCUUUCUCUGCAGUGCAAAUGGCGGUCCCUGCCUUUUUCUCCAAGACCUCAGCUGUGUUCAACCCUGUCAUCUACAUUGGACUGAACAAACAGUUCCGUGGGUGCAUGAUGCAGACAGUCUAUGGCAUUACCCCAGAGGAUGAGACUUCAGUCUCACAGAGCAAAACAGAAGUGUCCUCAGUGGGUCCUGCAUAA